AUGUUCCUUAUUCGGAAUUCCUAUUUGAAAAAUUAUUUGACAAAAAAAAAAUUGAUUAAAAUUGAUCUAACCAAAAAAAAUACUUUAUUUAAACGACGAAUGCCAGGUUCGCGACGAGGAUUAGUGGCACCACAAAACACAUUUCUUGAAUCAAUUAUUCGAAAAUGUAGUGGAACACACAAUGCAUUUAUAUUAUCCAACGCGCAAAUCGUGGAUUAUCCUAUUGUUUAUUCUAAUGAUGGCUUCACAAAAUUAUCGGGCUAUUUACGAACUGACUUGAUGCAAAAGAGUUCAAAUUGUAGUUUUAUGUAUGGUGAAUUAACGGCUGUGGAUAUGCAAGCAAAAAUACGAGAAGCACUGGAAGGUUGUCAUAUCGAACAGAUCGAAAUACUUUUAUAUAAGAAAAACAAAUCUCCAAUAUGGGUUUUUAUGCAGAUAGCUCCAAUUAUUAACGAACGAGAAGUAGUAUGUUUAUAUUUGUGCACGUUUAUUGAUAUAACUGCCUUGAAACAACCAAUCGAAACAGAAGAUGCUAAAGGUGGUUUAAGCAAAUUUGCACGAAUUGCAAAAUCUGUAACACGAAACCGAUCGAUAUUGAUGAAUUUUGCUGCACCAAAUGUAAAAUCGAUUCAUAUUGAUCCAUCUAAACCGUCUGCGCUACCGAAUCUAUUAAAUCUUGGUGCAGAAGUACUACCCAAAUAUCGUCAAGAAGCGCCAAACACACCUCCACAUAUUAUUCUUCAUUAUUGUACAUUUAAAACUGUUUGGGAUUGGGUUAUCCUACUAUUAACGUUUUAUACAUCUGUGCUAGUGCCAUAUCACGCUGCUUUUAAAAGCAAAUCUCUCGAUGAUGUACCACUAUUAGUUGUCGAUAGUAUUGUUGAUGUUAUUUUUUUUAUCGAUAUUAUAUUGAAUUUUCAUACAACAUAUGUGCAUGCAAAAUCUGGUGAAGUGAUAUCUGAUCCGAAGCGUAUUCGGCGUACAUAUCUCAAAAGUUGGUUUGUUAUUGAUCUAUUGGCAUGCUUACCAUACGAUGUGUUUAACGCCUUUCAAGAAGCUGAAGAAGUAUAUACCUAUUCUAUUUUUCAUUAUCAUGCAUACAGAUCACCAAUUAGCAGACUAAAAACAGGAAAAUAAUACCUAGUUUGGAGAUAGGGCCUUAAAAACCACAUCUAAAUUAUUGUUCAUUCAAAGAAACAGUGGCCUCGUCUGUUCUUUUAAAUAACUUUUGAUAGAAAAAUGAUAGAAACCUACAAUCUUCAGCAAUUGAAAGAAGAUAGUUUAAGCUAUAUUUUCACAAGUAAAAUCGUCU